AUGACUGAGGUAGACUCUGAACAACUACAAGUUAAGCUUUUCAACAAGUGGUCCUACGAUGGCGUCAAGUGUAACGAUAUUUCCCUCGUUGAUUAUAUCGAGCUUGGAAACCAGGUUUAUCUUCCACAUUCUGCAGGAAGAUUUGCGUCAAAGAGAUUCAGAAAGGCUAAAUGCCCCAUUGUUGAGCGCCUUACCAACUCUUUAAUGAUGAAUGGCCGCAACAAUGGAAAGAAGGUUCUUGCCGUCAGAAUUGUCAAGCAAGCGCUAGAGCUGAUUAACUUGAUGACCGAUCAGAAUCCCAUCCAAGUCGUAGUCGAUGCAAUUGUGAAUACCGGGCCUCGUGAAGAUUCCACCCGAAUUGGAUCAUCUGGAGCUGUUCGUCGCCAAGCCGUUGAUGUGUCUCCUCUACGUCGUGUCAAUCAAGCCAUUGCCCUGCUUACCAUUGGUUCCCGCGAGGCUGCUUUCAGAAACGUCAAAAGCAUUGCAGAAUGCCUUUCCGAUGAGCUCAUCAAUGCCGCCAAGGGUUCGUCCUCCAGUUAUGCUAUUCGUAAGAAAGACGAGCUUGAGCGUGUUGCCAAAUCCAACCGCUAA